UACUCGCACAUCCCAAUUCUGAAAAUAAGAACACCUCCGUUCGCUUUGGAAUAUAUUUUGGAUGCUGUGGGCCUGGAACAUCGUAGACACAAAAGCUGACUCAGGAAAAAAUAAAUAAACUAAAACAAACCGGCGCCAAGACCCCACGGAACUGCGCUCACACUGGGACAUGGCGAAUCAGCCUCAGAGCCUGGACCGCAGCGCGCUGGUCCGGUUAUGCAUCUUCCUGGGAACCUUGCUGACGUUUGGGACCGGGCAGAUCCGAUACUCGGUGCCAGAAGAAACAGAUAAAGGCUUCUUCGUGGGCAACAUCUCCAAAGACCUGGGGCUGGAGCCCUGGGAGGUCGCGGAACGCGGAGUCCGCCUCCGCGAGGCGGCAGCUUAGUCACAGCGGGUAGGAUUGACCGUGAGGAGCUGUGUGAAACAUUGCCCUCCUGCUUGCUAAAUUUGGAGAUUCUCGUGGAGGACACCCUGAAAAUUUAUGGAGUGGAGGUGGAAAUAACGGACAUUAAUGAUAACGCCCCCAGCUUCCGGGAAGAGGCAGUGGAGAUCAAAGUCAGCGAGCAUACUAGUCCUGGGUCGCGAUUUCCUCUUCCUAACGCUAGGGAUCCUGAUGUGGGAAUGAACUCUCUCCAGAGCUACCAGCUCAGCCCUAGUAGUUACUUUUCCUUGCAGGUUGACGGGGACAAGAAUCCAGAGCUUGUGCUGGAGGAAGGCCUGGAUCGGGAGAAAGAGGCAUCUCACCACCUCCUCCUUGCAGCCUUGGAUGGGGGAGAUCCCAUCCGAAAGGGCACGGUUCCCAUUCGUGUGGUGGUCCUCGAUGUAAAUGACCACAUCCCAAAGUUUACACAGUCUGUAUAUAGAGUGAGUAUUCCUGAAAACCUCAGCUCUGGAACUCGGGUGCUCGUGGUAAACGCCACAGACCCAGACGAAGGUAUCAACGGGGAAGUGAUGUACUCAUUCCGGAAAAUGAAAAGCAAAGAUUCUGAAAUCUUUCAGUUGAAUUCUCAAACCGGAGAAGUUCUAGUCGCAAAGCCUCUGGAUUUUGAAAAAUACAGAUUCUAUGAGAUGGAAGUUCAAGGCCAAGAUGGUGGAGGACUGUUAAGCACUGCCACGCUGUUGAUCACAGUUGUGGAUGUGAACGAUAAUACUCCAGAGAUAACUGUCACCUCUUCCAUUAACUCAGUGCUGGAAAAUUCUCCUUCAGGUACAGUAAUCGCUCUUGUAAACGUUCAAGAUCAAGACUCUGGAGAAAAUGGUCAAGUCACUUGCUUCAUUCCUAAUGGUCUUCCUUUCAAGUUAGAAAAGACGUAUGGAAAUUAUUAUAAGUUAAUAACAGAUAGUGAACUGGACCGGGAGCAGGUGGAGAGCUACAAUAUUACAUUAACCGCCAAAGAUCAGGGGAAUCCACCCUUGUCUACAGAAACUCACCUCCUGCUCCAAGUGGCAGAUGCCAACGACAACCCUCCAGUUUUCACUCACCUCUCUUACUCCGCCUACAUUCCUGAAAACAACCCCAGAGGCUCGUCCAUCUUCUCAGUGACCGCAGUUGAUAGGGAUAGCAGAGAAAAUGCUCAGGUCACUUACUCUCUGGCUGAGGACACCAUCCAAGGAACACCUCUCUCCUCUUAUGUUUCUAUCAACUCAGACACCGGUGUGCUGUAUGCCCUACAAUCCUUCGACUAUGAGCAGUUCCAAACCCUACAACUGGGAGUAACUGCUAGUGACAGUGGAGACCCACCAUUAAGCAGCAAUAUUUCACUGACCCUGUAUGUGCUGGACCAGAACGACAACACUCCAGAGAUCCUGUACCCCUCUCUCCCUACAGAUGGCUCCACGGGUGUGGAAUUGGCCCCUCGCUCUGCGGAGCCUGGUUAUUUGGUGACCAAGGUGGUGGCGGUGGACAGAGACUCAGGGCAGAACGCCUGGUUGUCCUACCGCCUGCUCAAAGCCAGCGAGCCAGGACUCUUCUCCGUUGGGCUGCACACAGGGGAGGUUCGCACUGCCCGCGCCAUGAUGGACAAAGAUGCUCUCAAGCAGAGCCUCGUGGUGACUGUGCAGGAUCACGGUCAACCGCCCCUCUCCGCCACUGUCAGGCUCACUGUGGCGGUGGCUGACAGCAUCCCAGACGUUCUGGAGGACUUGGUUAGUCUGGAGUCUCCCGCCAACCCGGAUGAGUCAGGUAUCACUCUCUACCUAGUGGUGGCCAUCACUGCAGUCUCUUGCAUCUUCCUCAUCUUUGUCAUGGUACUUCUGGCUCUCAAGCUUCGGCGCUGGCACUCCUCGCGUCUGCUCCAGGCUGCCAGCAGAUUGGCUGGCAUGCCUCCUCCUUCGCAUUUUGUGGGCGUGGACGGGGUGCGCGCUUUUCUCCAGACCUAUUCCCAUGAGGUUUCGCUCACUGCAGACUCCAGGAAGAGUCACCUCAUCUUUCCGCAGCCCAACUACGCAGACACGCUCAUUAGCCAGGAGAGUUGUGGCAAAAGCGAGCCUCUUCUAAUCGCUGAAGGCUCAGCUACCGGUUUAGGCAAAUGUGACCCGACAGAUACUCAGCUCUGUGUACCUAAUCCCAUUGAGUCUGCAAAAGCUUCUGGUUGCAAUUUUGUAAGUGAACUCUGGGCGCCGCUGCUGUCCAAUUCGCUGCAAGAGCUGACUCUCAGACUCUACCAGUUGAAAUUAUGA